AUGGCCCAACCCUUGCCUCGCCCUGGGUGGCCGCCCGCUCAGCACUAUCACUCGACUACCACGCAAGGCCCUGCGACUCGCGCGCCAACCACCACCGCCCACGAGCCUCCGCAAGAUUCUCACGCUGCCUCAGACUCUCGUCUGCGAUCUCCUCUGAUCCAACAGUCGCCCGUCCCCGCCCGCCAACCGAGGGUGCCGAAUCCUGCGAAGAAGGUCACGGGCAAGGAUGACAUUCGCGAAGCCAUUACGCGCCAGGCUGUAGCGGACGAGCAGAGGGCGGCUGGCAAGAUCCAGUCGCAUCAUCACCGCACGUUCAGCAGCCCUUCGUCACCAGUCCUUGCCGCUGCACCUCAGAUUUCUCCUCCCACCUCUCCCACGGUCAUGAGCAACUCCAAAGCGGCCACUCGCCCAGAACGUGGUCCUAUAAUGGCUCAUCGAACCGCUUCUAUCGACUCGACCGUCUCAUCUAUAUCAUCCGCCUCCCAACGAACCGCUAAUGCCAAUAAUGCAUAUCGUGUCUCCGAUAAUAUCGGCCCACAAGAUGCCGGCGCUCUGAUAACCGCAGCAGGCUCUGCGGAGGCUGCGCUUCAGAAGCUGAUUGCAGAGAGGCAGCAGGCCGCUUCUCACAAUGCUCAGCUCUGGAGGCUGGUGGAGAAGCAGAGGUCGAUGAUACUUGGUCUGAACAAGGACCUGGAAAAGGCUUUGAAAGAGAACGAACGUUACAGGAAGAAGUUGAAGGAGCAACUUGCGCAAUCGACUUCUGCGCCUUCGCUCAUAACAUCAGUUGUGGGCGAUGGACCAGAUUCGCAAGAAGCAAGUCCUUCUCCCUCUCACAUGGAGCCUCCUUCAGACAUGUCACGCGACAUCAGUGUGGAUACUCGCAAGACCAGCAACAGUUCAGAAGCCCCAGGGGCAAGUGGUGGGCGAUCAGACACGCCUCAGGAUGCCGCAGCUCAUUCUUCCGGCUUGCCAGCGACACCACAGUCUGCAAACAGCUUGAGCGGCGCUUCACGUGAGUUUGAUCGAGUCAACACCGCCACUGCUGUGCCUGUGACUGCAGCAAGCGAAGCGAGGCCAGCCAUGGCCAUGGCAAUGUCUCAGAGAGCGCCAACUACGAAUACACCUCCAAUGUCGCCGAAGCUGGUCGAUACACAGAGUCCGAAGUUCCUACAUGGUCACUCGAAGAGCAUGUCCAAUUCGUCUCUGCAGACGAGUCCUCCCGCGUCUACCCAAUACUACUCGAGUCCAAAGACGAGAAAGGCGCCACCCGCGCCCUUGAAACUUGAUGCACCCAAGGCAGAUCCCAGCAUUAUGAAUAACAUUGUCGAUGCUUCAGACUCAGAAUACGAGGAUGAUCCGGAAAGCGCGCGUUCAGAAUACAUUGACAGAGGCCGGAGAAAGACUCGCGAGGACGAUGAUCGCGAGCGAGAGGCAUUGGUACGACAGGAAGACGAGCAGCGAAGCCGCUCCAAGAAGGAGAAGAAGAGCAAGAGCAGGCCAUCAGGGGACAAGAUCGAAGUGCCCACCGCCGUGCCACAGCUCGGCGAACAGAUCGUCCAGCAGCCAACUCGAGAGGCACCACGUCAACCGCCGAUAUUUAUUACCGGCAAUCCUGCCGAGAUCGUUCGCAGCCGUGCAGUGUCAGAUGCCAGUGGCAUGCUUCAGCGAAACAACACUGCACCGUCCUUAAUGAGCCCGGGCCUGCCAAUGAGUCCAAGACCGGGUGACCGACCCCCCAACUCGCCAAUGCCACGACAGACGAACGCUGCCACAAGUUCAAUUCCUAUGUCCCCCAAAGCUGGCUUACCCCUGUCACCUCGAGCACCCCGAUCGGCCAUUCCACUGCCGCCUCAAACGCCGCUUGCAAUGAUCUCCCCUCAUCUUGAUAGAGCCAAAGCCUAUCACCAGCAGAUGCACCCUCAACCUCAGCCAGUUUCAGCAGUCGUUGACCGGCUCAAGCCUUCGCCCGAUGCCACGCCAGACCGCGAACGACCCUCGACCUCAAGUGAUCCUGUCGCCUACUCGCCUGGCGAGAUCUAUCGAGGAUUGACCACGGAGCAGUAUCCAGACCUAUUGCUACCUCCAAACGCACUUCCGUCGAUAUACGUCAAGACCGCUUCGUCGCGCAUGAGACCGUCCCGGGCGAGUUUCAUUGCACCCAAACACGCCGACGAAAACCCUGUGUUUAUUCUGGCAGUCCAUUCGCGUUCAGAUAAUCUACAACUUUGGCGAGUCGAGAAGACUUACGCUUCGCUUGCGGUUUUGGAUCAGCAGGUCAAAUCUGUGGUCACGGUGCGAGACCGCCUGCCGGAGAAAGCUCUGUUCACUGGUCACGCCCCAGCUAAGAUCGAUGCGAGGAGACUAGCUUUGAACCACUACUUUGACAGGAUGCUGGAUUCAGUCACCAACGACAAGCCUGCCAUGUUCGUCUGCAAGUUCCUCUCCUCUGAUGCCAUUGGCGGCGAGGGUGACGAUUACUUCGGUGCCAACCUGGACGGGCGGCCAGAAUCUCCGGCGUCGGCACUGCGUCCAAAUCGAGCUGGCUAUCUCACCAAGCGCGGAAAGAACUUUGGUGGUUGGAAAGCACGAUACUUUGUCCUCGACGGGCCCAAUCUGAAGUACUUCGAAGGCCCUGGAGGUGCCCACCUUGGGUCGAUCAAGCUUCAGAAUGCACAAAUCGGGAAGCAGUCAUCCAAUGCGAGUCAGGGAUCAUCUGACGACGAAGAGAACCAAUUCAGGCACGCAUUCCUGAUUCUAGAGCCGAAGAAGAAGGAUUCAAGCAGCCUGGUCAGACAUGUUCUAUGCGCCGAGAGCGACGACGAGCGUGAUGCCUGGGUUGAGGCUCUGCUUCAAUACGUCGACUACAAAGAUGACGAGGAGCCACAAGCUGCCCGUCAAGCUCAGAUCUACAAGACUGAGAUCAGCGCACCGCGCAGUCCUCGACUACAGAGAUCAAUGAAUGACCUGCGGCCCAGCUCAGACAACAGCAAGGACCCUGCGCAGUCCAAAUCCAUUGACCAAGUGCGAACUGUCAACUACAACGAGACGGUCGCCGGCGAGGCACCGAUCAUGGGACCGCCAGCCAGUCCACGAGUACCUCACACGCCAUCGCCACCUUAUGACAAACUCACGGUUGAUGCGCAGCCAUCUUCCACCCACCUGGCUAUUUCAGCACCCACAAACGUCCAUGUCAUUCAGAACUCUGGUGACUGGGGCAAGAAGCCGCCGCCUACUCCCGGACUCAAGGACAAGAAGCGCAGCAUGUUUUCUGGACUGCCUUUCAGUCGGGGACGGUCGUCUUCCGAUCUGGCCACCAACGAUAGUGCCAAGACACCGUCGGCUCCUCCUCAAGACCGCUUUGGUGGUGGCAGAGUGGUGUUCGGCAUCCCUCUGGCCGAGGCAGUCGCUGUGGCGCAUCCAGCCGAUGCAACUACUGAACUACCUGCUGUCGUGUAUCGGUGCUUGGAGUACCUGCACGCCAAGAACGCCGUAGGUGAAGAGGGCAUCUUUCGUGUGUCUGGAUCAAACAUCAUCAUCAGGCAGUUGAAAGAUCGCUUCAACAACGAGGGCGACAUCAAUCUGUUGACAGAUGAGAACCAGUACGAGGUCAAUGCCGUUGCGAGUGUCCUCAAGAUGUACUUGCGAGAAUUACCCGCCAGUAUCCUCACCAGAGACUUGCAUAUCGACUUCUUAAAGUGCCUGGAAAUCGAAGACGUGGAGAAGAAGAUCCUCAAGGUGAACGCGCUUGUUCACAAGCUGCCAACGCCAAAUCGAGCCUUACUGGAUGCUCUGUCCUCCUACAUGGUCUGUAUUGUGGACAAUGUGGAGCAGAACAAGAUGACAGUUCGGAAUCUUGGUGUGGUGUUCUCGCCGACCUUGAAUCUUCCAGGACCACUCAUCUCCCUGUUCAUCGAGGAACAACACCGCAUCUUCAGCUCACCCCUUGACAGUGCAGAGGCACCACAGUCACCCCGCGACGCCAGGCCCAACACGAGUGCGUCUUCCACGGACCUGCGCUCCCCACGCAAGCAAAUGUUCAGUGAUCUUCCAACGCCCUCGUACAACCAGACCCAGUUCCAGUCCAUGGGUGGCCACCACGCCGAGGAUACUGGCAUGAUCCCUAUGCACCCGAGCUAUUCCACCUAUCAGAUGGCUCCACAAGGAGAUGGAGGGUAUGGCUCUCUCAACGACGUACUCCGCUCGCCGACUGUCUAUGGCAUGACCGGAACAGGUGCACCAACCCCACGCGACAUCAAAGCCAGCCGACGUGAGAGCGGCAUGCUGGCGGUCAACAGCAUCAUGGGACCGACGAAGAAGAGCAGCGCAUCGAAACUGCGCGACGACCCACCCACGAGUUUCUGA